AUGUGGUCUUUGAUGGAUGUUGAAUCAGUUCUCACUUGUCUGUUUCAAAUUGAGCACCGAAGUAACUUGUCAAGUCAACAUGGUCUUAUUAGGUGUAUCCCAUUUAAGUACAGAGAUUAUGGUGAAAGUAUUGCUGUGCAGUCUGAGAGAGCUGUUGAGGUGCUUAUGAUCAACUCUACUGGUGGACCAGGUCUAGUGUUUCCAAAGAAACGGUUCUUGAGCAUAAUGGCCAGUGAUGUGAUGAUCCCACAUGGGUGUAGUGCUUGUGUCAAUGAUGGUUUUGAUAGUAAUACCGAGGAGAUGACUUGUAUGGGAUUGAUACUUCACUUGAUUGGAGCCAUGAUCACUUUCUAA